AUGCGCCACAUCCAGGUGGAGAUCCUCGCGCGGGGCGAAGAGAACGGAGUCUUGGCCGCUAGGGGGACCAUCCGCGUCCAGUACAAUGCGCGCAGGAUCUUCGAAAGUCUUUGUGACCCAGAGGAGAACAAGCGGAUCUUCGACAACUGCGCCUCGGUGAACUUCCGUCAGCUCAUCCACGAGGAUCAGGUGAAGAAGACCAGGCUCUUUGAAGUGAGCAAGACUGGACAGUGGAACCUUCUAGGAAUUCCAAUCAACUUUGAGUCCACAGUCUUGGCCAUGGAGGAUUGGAAGAAAUAUGAGAUCAGCUUCAAGCUGAAGAAGCAGGGGGCCAUGAAGCACAUGUCAGGCUUUUGGCGCAUCGUUCCCGUCAGCCAGGACGAGUCCAUUGUCCUCUUUUACAAUGAAGCCGUUCCCUUUAUCCGAAUCCCUUCAAUCUUCAAAGUCUUCGCAGGUCGCCUCAUCCAAGAGAUGGCGGUCUCCCUGCUUGAGGACCUCCGUAGCGCCUCGAAGCGGUGGCAGAAGGAAGAGGCCGAAGGCAUCCGUCACCACUUCAAUGCCAUCGAGCCGGGGUCCACCGAAGCAGCCGAGGAACACUUGCCGCAAGCCAUCGAGAGCUGA